CAAAUCCGGGCGAGAUCCUCGUUUUCGUCCCAGCAAAGUUUUUCAUCGUCAUAUUUUCUGAAAGCUGCAUCGCGUUUCGAAUUCGCCAUGGCCGGAAGUGGCCUCUUUCCCGUCUAGCGCGAAGUGCCCCCACAGGCCACAGGGAAGGAAAUAAACCUGGGGCAGGCCACGGGCGCUCGCCACGAGCUCCCCAACGAAAACCCAAAUCGAGCUCCCUGCCCAGUCCCCCCACAGAGAAGAAGGGGAGCGAGCGCGUGCUUUGACAAGCGUCGAUCCCUACCGUAGCCUCCCGGCGCCGGCGAUGAGCUCCGGCGCCGAGGUGAUCGAGCUCUCCAGUGACGAGGACGAGGAGCCCGUGCCCAGCACCACCGCCCUCGCCCGCCGCGCCCCGUCCUCCCCGCCCGACGUCAAGCCGCGCCUGCUCGCCGACGCCGAUGUGAAGCCGCUGCUGCUCCACCCCCCGGGCUACGGCGCGCUCGUGCCCGUGAAGACCGAGGAGCCCGUGCCCGUGCCCGUGGCCACCGCCUCGCCGCCGCCCAGGGCGCUCCCCCCGCCGCGCGUCUGCCGCCAGUUCUGGAAGUCCGGCGACUACGUCGUCGCGCGCCGCAACCCCGACGCGGACGCCCCUGGUGGGCGGAACCGACUGCGGAUAAACCCCAAGUUCCUGCACUCGAAUGCGACUUCCCACAAGUGGGCUUUCGGAGCCAUUGCUGAGCUUCUUGAUAAUGCAAUUGAUGAGGUGAACAAUGGGGCAACAUUUGUUCGUGUUAAUAAAUUUACAAACCCACGUGAUGGGAACCCCUCAUUGUUGAUUCAAGAUGACGGAGGGGGGAUGGAUCCUGAGGCACUGAGACGUUGCAUGAGCUUUGGAUUUUCUGAUAAGCAGUCUGAUGCUUUCAUUGGGCAAUAUGGAAAUGGUUUCAAGACUAGUACAAUGCGGCUUGGAGCAGAUGUGAUUGUUUUUACACAAAACCAAAAUAAUGGCUCCAGCUCCCAAGAAUUUUUGGAGCUGGCCACCCCUAGGUCAAAAAAGUUUGGAGCUGGAGCUCUGGGCACAUCAAAAGGUUGCGAUGAUGUCUUGGUGCCAACGGUGGACUAUCAGUAUGAUCUAACGACCGCUUCAUAUAUUCAGAUGUUGCGUCAUGAUCAGAAGCUCUUCUCUUCUAACUUGAGGAUCCUUCUUAAAUGGUCCCCUUUUGCUAGUGGAGCUGAGUUGCUUAAACAAUUUGAUGACAUGGGAGAGCAUGGAACAAAGAUAAUUGUAUUCAACUUGUGGUUCAACGAUGAUGGGGAUAUGGAGCUUGAUUUCAACUCUGAUGAAAAGGAUAUCCUCAUUACUGGGGCACACAAGAAGGUGAAAACAAAUAAACUGGAGAAGAUCGCUACGCAGAACUACAUUUCAACUCGGCUUCGCUAUUCACUUAGAGCGUAUGCAUCUAUCUUGUAUCUUCAUGUACCUGAUAAUUUCAGAAUUGUCCUGUGUGGAUGUGAUGUGGAGCCGCAUAAUAUAGUUAAUGAUUUGAUGUAUCGUGAGUGCGUGUUGUAUAAACCACAAAUUGCUGGACUUGCAGAGUCAUCUGUAAUCACGACCAUUGGGUUUGUUAAAGGUGCUCCAGAUAUUGAUGUACAAGGGUUUAAUGUGUAUCACAAAAAUCGUUUAAUAUCGCCCUUCUGGAAAGUUGCAAACAACUCGUACGGGAAAGGGCGAGGAGUAGUUGGCAUUCUGGAGGCCAACUUCAUCAAACCUACCCAUGAUAAGCAGGAUUUCGAGAAGUCCGCCCUUUAUCAUAGGCUUGAGAUUCGCUUGAAAGAAAUGACCUAUGAAUACUGGGGCCUUCAUUGCCAUCGUGUUGGUUAUGACAACAAAAGUUUAUCUAAAGCAACCCGCGCACUUAAUCGUGCCAAUCAUAUGAAUGCUGGCAGUUCUCCAAUAAGUGCUCCACCUCGUUUGCUGGCGGCUAAUAUUCCAACAAGCAGCUGUGGUAUACCUAGAUUAUCAGCCUCUGCAGCAAGGGAAAAGAUCAAUAGUCUUGGGUCUCAUUCUAAUAGCAAGAUGGGAUUGAAGAGGAAGUUUGAUUCCUAUGCCAUGACGGAUAAUGCUGAUCACGAUGGGCAAAAUCAUACAGAUGGAGUUGAUGUUUGCCAACGGAAACGGUUUAGUGAAUACAGGACUUUGACCCUGGAGAAUGACAAGCUGCGUAAUGAAUGCUUACAAUACGAGGAAUCAAAGAAACAACUUGUAAUGAAGGAACAAAAGCUCCGAUCUGAAAUCGCUGAGGCAAAUAAGAAGUAUCAGGAAUUGUUAAAAGAGCUUGGAUCAUUAGAUGUGAAGGAAGAGAAAUCGUGAGCAGUUUUCUCCACUUCUGUAACCGCGAUGAUUACUCUUCUUGCUUCUCGUCUGACUUGUGAAGAUGAUGACUGGCGUACUUUCCGAGACCUGCAGUAUGGGAAGAACUGGCCUCUGGACAACUGAUAGCUGCCCAUUACCAUAUUAACUCGGUACUUGGUAGGGAUGUACAAUUUUGUGUCACUAAUCUUUGUAGGGUCUCCGCGAUGAUAGAAAGUGAGCAUGUAUUGUGUUGCAAAAUUACAUAACAUUUAUCGGAGUGUCCAGCAGCGGUCUCAUGAUAAUUAAUGCCCCACUUUCCUGCGACAAUACAUUUCCCGUCAAAUGGGGUGAAGAUUUUGAUCUGGCACUUCACCAGUCUGCGGUGGAUAAAGAGUUAGAAUUAGGCUUCUACAUUGUUCAGUAUGGAUAGUGUUUAACAUUUCGUCCUCGUGGCGAUCGCAAUCUUUGUUAUUUGAGUUAUGAGGGGUCAAGCCUUUGUUCUUUUCUCACCAGUUGUUUGUAGGUAAACUAAAUUAUAACUUGAACAUGUGGUAAAUAGUAUUAGCUGUCUGGCUAUUACUCUC